GGCUGCUGGGUGCAGACAGGAGGCGACCCAGGGCUGCUGGGUGCGGACAGGGGGCGACCCAGGGCUGCUGGGUGCGGGCAGGUGACGACCCGGGGCUGCUGGGUGUGGGCAGGUGACCACCCGGGGCUGCUGGGUGCGGACAGGUGACGACCCGGGGCUGCUGGGUGUGGGCAGGUGACCACCCGGGGCUGCUGGGUGUGGGCAGGUGACCACCCGGGGCUGCUGGGUGCGGGCAGGUGACGACUCGGGGCUGCUGGGUGCGGGCAGGUGACCACCCGGGGCUGCUGGGUGCUGACAGGGGGCGACCCAGGGCUGCUGGGUGUAAGCAGGUGACGACCCGGGGCUGCUGGGUGCAGGCAGGGGGCGACCCGGGGCUGCUGGGUGCGGGCAGGUGACGACCCGGGGCUGCUGGGUGCGGGCAGGUGACCACCUGGGGCUGCUGGGUGCGGGCAGGGGGCGACCCGGGGCUGCGGGCUGCGGGCAGGGGGUGACCCGGGGCUGCUGGGUGCGGGCAGGUGACCACCCGGGGCUGCUGGGUGCUGGCAGGUGACCACCCGGGGCUGCUGGGUGCGGGCAGGUGACGACCCGGGGCUGCUGGGUGCUGGCAGGUGACCACCCGGGGCUGCUGGGUGCGGGCAAGUGACCACCCGGGGCUGCUGGGUGUGGGCAGGUGACGACCCGGGGCUGCUGGGUGCGGGCAGGUGAGCACCGGGGGCUGCUGGGUGCAGGCAGGUGACCACUGGGGGUUCCGGGUGCGGGCGGCAUGCUGCGGCGGGUGGUGGCCGGGUGCGCUCGGGCUCUGGGCGCCGGCGGGGGUGCACGUCCUGCCUCGGGGCUCAGCCCCCCGGGCCGCAGCGCCAGCAGCGGGUCCCCCGAUGCGCCCCGGAACCAGCCCCCCAGCUCCGAGUUCUUGGCUCGGCCGGUGGGCGUCUGCUCCAUGAUGCGGCUGCCGGUGCGAGCCUCCCCGGAGGGGCUGGACGCCGCCUUCGUCGGGGUGCCCCUGGACAUUGGGACCUCCAACCGGCCUGGGGCCAGAUUUGGACCCCGGCGGAUCCGGGAAGAGUCAGUGCUGCUUCGGGCAGCCAACCCUAGCACGGGGGCCCUCCCCUUCCAGUCCCUCAUGGUUGCAGACCUAGGCGACGUGAAUGUCAAUCUCUACAACCUUCAGGACAGCUGCCGUCUAAUUCGAGAGGCCUAUGAGAAAAUUGUAGCGGCUGGUUGUAUUCCCCUGACCUUGGGCGGAGAUCACACAAUCACAUAUCCUAUAUUGCAAGCGAUGGCAAAAAAGCAUGGCCCCGUGGGGCUGCUGCAUGUGGACGCCCACACGGACACGGCCGACAAGGCCCUGGGAGAGAAGGUCUAUCACGGGACGCCCUUCCGCCGGUGCGUGGACGAGGGCCUCCUGGACUGCGAGCGCGUGGUGCAGGUCGGCAUCCGGGGCUCCGCCACGACCUUGGAUCCCUACAGAUACAGCCGGAGCCAGGGCUUCCGGGUGGUCCUGGCCGAGGACUGCUGGAUGAAGUCGCUGGUCCCGCUGAUGGCAGACGUGAGGCGGCAGAUGGGGGCCAAGCCCCUUUAUAUCAGCUUUGACAUCGACGGCCUGGAUCCUGCCUACGCCCCAGGGACAGGAACACCUGAAAUUGCGGGGCUCACCCCGAGUCAGGGGCUGGAAAUCAUCCGGGGUUGUCAAGGCCUGAACGUGGUGGGUUGUGACCUUGUGGAAGUUUCACCGCCCUACGAUCCUUUUGGAAACACGGCCCUCCUGGCUGCUAACCUGCUGUUUGAGAUGCUGUGUGCUCUCCCCAAAGUGACAGUCGUCUGAACCUCGGAAUCUUCGAGAUACAACAGGCUGUGUUGAUGACAGUUCUCAAGGAUUUAUGCGCAAGCUGAGUCCUGGGCAACUCUGAGUACUCAGGAGUUUAUGCCAGUACAACUUUCUGCUGAGAAAUGUCCCUAGAGGCUGUAAAAUCAGGGCAUUCAGUAGAACUCCAAUCCAACGGCUAAUAUUUCUGUGGGGUUUGAGUCAACUAUAAACAGAGAAGUACUUGUGCUGUUUUGAUGAGAUGGUGGAGGAUUGGGUGGGGCGGGGG